AUGCCUUUAGGUGAUGAACGAGAACACACGCUUCGAGAAGUAGCUGCCCUUGGAAAUAUUAAAGCUACACUUUAUUUGGCUCACUCGGGAGUCAAUGUGAAUUCACAAAAUGCCAUGAACGGCUGGACCGCUUUGCAUUGGGCAGCCCAUCGUGGUCAUGUUCAUGUGGCUACUGCUUUAUUAAGAAGUGGUGCAGAUCCUUCUAUUAAGACACAAAAGGGACAAACAGCACUUGAUUUAUCUGCUCAUCAUCCACAAGUUACUGAUGUGUUAAAAUCUGCCAUGGGUGAUCAAUCCAUCUCAGUAGGUCCUGAACCUGCUUUACCUAUUGUGCCUACCUACAUGAAAAACCCUGAUCUAGAAAAGACAUGGCUGAUGCCUGAUGAAUUCUCAGAAAACAAGAUUGAAAAUGUGAUUAGAAAACAAACAGCUGCCAACGCUGUUCAUCAGCCACCUACAAACACGUCUGAAAACAGGGAAGAAGAAAGAGAAGUUUUAGUGUAUUUGUCUAAAAGAGAAGAUGAGAAUUUACUUGGAUCUGUAUUUUUGAAGAAUGAAUCUAUUGAAAAAGCAGUAGAGAUCAUGAAAGAGGCAAGUGAAUAA